GUUCAACACAAAACGAGCAUUCGCUAUCUGAUUCAGGACCCGCUUUGUUCUACCAUGUCUCCCGCUUGCUGCCCCUCCGGUUCUUGGCCCCAGCUGCUGGUUACCUCGAAGGAAGAUCUCAACAAGGACGAUCUUCCUCCCCCGAAGGGAGAGAUCCUGACCAUCCCGGUGGAGGGCCAGGAGGCCCUGUCGAUCUAUUACGCCAAGGCCGCCGAGGGCAAGACCACGAAGGGAAGCAUCCUGGUCCUCCCCGACAUCUACAGCGUCCGCGUCCUGCUGCCCCACGUGCGAUCGGGCGAUCGGAUCGGGUCCAUUAGCGACGCACUGGCCGGGGAGGGAUAUCACGUGGCCCUGGCGGGCGUCUUCCGUGACCAGCCGUACGACGAGGCCGUGAAGGGGCCAGACGACGGGGACUUUUUGACAUUCGACAGCUUUGCCCAGGAUGGCGGCGUGGACUGGUUCAAGAAGCAGUCCUACGAGGUGCUGGGGCCGCGAGUCAAGGCGGCCGCUGCCUUUCUGAACGAAAAAAGCCCCGGGCAGCCCCUCGGUGUUCUUGGCUUUUGCUUUGGCCAGUGGCUCCAGUGCAAGGCGAGUGCAACGGGGGACGUGGACUUUGCCUGCGCGGUGGGCUGUCACCCGACGACGGUCCUCGAAUCCGCUGUCUUUGGCGGCGACGAGGAGGCCAUGAUGAACGCCCUGAAGCAGCCGACCCUAGCGCUGUGGGCCAAGAACGACGCCAAGAACUACCUCGGGGAGGGAUACUGCGCGAAAGCCAUUGCAAACAGCGGAGGGGAGGUCAAGGAAUUUCCAGAAAUGCUCCACGGAUGGGUCAGUCGGGGAGACGUGGCCGAUCCCGCCGUCAAGGCCGGGGUCGAAACGGCCAUUGAGGGCGCAAAGGCUUUUUUCGAGAAACACAUGAAGUAGCAAAACCAACUUUGACCAAAAAGGACAAAGCAACCGCAAUGAGCGACAUAUUACUAUGAGAGUGAGUUCGAUCGGAACAAAAAUAUUUGUUUCCUUCCGGAAGAUUUUCAUAAUAAUAUUGCUACCAGAAUUGUCAUUGAGACUGGACGAAUGAAACAGAAUCUCAAUCUCAAAUUUUUCUGAAGAAAUGAAAAAAGAUCUUAUGUGAAAGUACUAUACUUACCUACUACUCAUACUCUUUUUAAGUACAAGUACAAACUUCGAAUAGAAAUAGAAACUGUUC